AUGCGUCAUAACGCCUUGCCAGAGGAUCGAAAGGAGGAUCCAAGUGCCAUGACAGAGAAUGACGAGGAUCCAGCGCAGAUGGAUGAAAUUCGGAAACAGCAUUCGGUGGAAAAUCGAAUGAAGAAGGUCAAUGAUCCUAACGAAGAUGGAUUUUUCAAUGCUUGGUCGAAAAUUCGUCACUAUCUUCGUGAGCCGAUGGCUGAAUGGCUUGGAACAACCAUGGCAAUGAUAAUUGGUCUUUGCGCCACCUUGUCGAACUUGACUUCCUCUGGGCAAGCUGGAUCAUAUCCUGCUCAAAGUAUGGCCUGGGGCUUUGGAUUCAUGACCGCUAUCUACACUACUGGAGGGAUGUCUGGCGGUCAUUUAAACCCAGCUAUCUCCAUCUCGCUGUCUGUAUUUCGUGGAUUCCCGGCGCGUCGAUGUAUGAAAUACAUUGCUGCUCAGCUCCUCGGUACUCUCACUGCUGGGGGUAUCCCAUACGCGAUCUACCACGAUGCUAUUUGGCGAAGUCGCCAAACAAGCCAAAGUAUCCCAAGAUGCAAGCGUCGCCGCUCAAGCUCUCAUCACCUUGCCAAAAUCACUUGUGCAUCCUGCGUUUUUCACCGAGUUUUUGGCAGCGCAAUCUUAGUGGGUUCUAUUCUCGCCCUGGGAGACGAUACAAAUCCCCCCCCCCCCCACAAGAACUUUGGCCCGCGACUUGUUGCCGUUGUGGUGGGGUGGAGUAGCCAUCUUUUCAGAGAACGCCAUGCAUGGUGGAUCUGGGGUCCCUGGGUCGCAGACAUCACCGGCGCAUUGUUUGGGGCCUUGAUCGAUGACAUGGCUAUUUUUACCGGUGGGGAGAGUCCGGUCAACUAUCCUCCACGGAGGCGAAAGCGCGCAUACCGUAUGAGAGCUUUGAAUCUCCGGAAGAAACUUCGUAUUGGGAGAAAGAAGAUCCCCGAUCUCGAGCGUUCUGUUGCGGAAGCAGAGCACUGA